AUGGGAAUAGUAUCAACUCCAACAGAGUCCAGAGUUAAACCACCAUCCGAAUCGACAUUAUUGCAUAUCAAUGGAACCAUAAAACAUAUUGGUCAAAUCAAACAAAUUUAUAUUAUUAAUUUACCUAAUCGUCCCGAUCGACGAACAAGUACAAUUGCUCUCAUGAAAACACUUCAUUUCGAUGCUUUUAUAGUACCUGCUCAUACUAUAAAUUCUCCUGAAGUUGCUUCUCGUAAUCAUCUAGUGCGUAAUGGCCAUAUUACCUUAGUUGAACUUGCUUGUUGGGCCAGUCAUAUGCAAAUUUGGUCAGCAAUUGCUGAUUCCAAAAGUAAUGACACUUGGUCACUUGUGUUUGAAGAUGAUAUUGAUCUCGAAACGUUCACAUCAGAAGUGCUCAAGUCAUUUCCUCAUGAUCUAUGGAAUAAACCGGAUUUAAUCUAUCUCGGUUCUUGUGGCAAUAUACCUGGUUCGAUGAUCUAUGAAGGAGCAUACGGUUAUCGUAUCCAUCAAGCACUUAAUCCAAGUUGUACACAUGCAUAUGCAAUUCGAUCACGUACUGCCGCCAAACUUCUUCGUCUAUUAUCUUCACCACGAAGAGCAGUUGAUGAUGAAAUUGUUCUCCUGUCGAAUAGUCAAAAACUAUUGGUAUUUAGCAUUCAUCCACCAUUAGCACUACAAAGAUCGAUUUCACCCUCAAAUCCAUCCGAUAUAAAUCCAGUAAAACCUACGUUAUUAUUUGAAGUCAGAGUGUGGAUCAGUUUCAUAUUGCAAUGGUGGCGAGACGUAGAAGUAGUCGAUAAACUGAAAGAUUCAGCAUUAGCUAGAGCCGAUUUUGAUAAAGCUGCAGAAUGGAGAAAGAAAAAUGAACAUGGAAUUUGGCAAAAUGAAAAUAGAAAUAAUUCUGUUUGUAUUCGAUGUUAA